GUGACUGAGACGGGCAGAUGGAGGAGGGACUGUAAUGGCGGCGGCCGGCAGCUCCUUGCUCUGACCCACGGCAAGCACACUGCAGCGACCCCCUCCCUGCCCCUCUCCCGGCCAGCUUCCGCCCCGCCGCCCGCGCGGGGCUCUCCUUCCCGGCCCUUUCCCUCAGCUGUCGGCGUUUAGUUCUGCGCCCCGGCCGGGGCCCCCCACACAAUGGACGAGCUCUCUGGAGGUGGCGGUGGCGGUCCGGGGAUGGCAGCACCCCCCCGGCAACAGCAGGGGCCCGGGGGGAACAUGAACCUUUCGCCGGGAGGGAAUGGAGCCGCGGGCGGCGGAGGUCCUCCGGCCGCCGAGGGAGCGGGCCCCGCGGCAGGCCCCGAGCUGUCCCGGCCGCAGCAGUACACUAUCCCGGGAAUCCUGCACUACAUCCAGCACGAGUGGGCUCGCUUCGAGAUGGAGCGGGCGCACUGGGAGGUGGAGCGGGCCGAACUGCAGGCCCGGAUAGCAUUUUUGCAAGGAGAAAGAAAAGGCCAAGAAAACUUGAAGAAGGAUUUAGUAAGAAGAAUUAAAAUGUUAGAAUAUGCAUUAAAGCAAGAAAGGGCAAAAUAUCACAAAUUAAAAUAUGGCACAGAACUGAACCAAGGAGAUUUGAAAAUGCCAACCUUUGAAUCAGAAGAAACCAAAGAUACAGAGGCUCCCACAGCACCUCAAAAUAGUCAGCUAACAUGGAAGCAAGGCAGACAGCUGUUACGACAAUAUCUUCAGGAAGUAGGUUACACAGAUACAAUAUUAGAUGUGCGGUCUCAGCGGGUAAGGUCAUUACUCGGACUAUCCAAUUCAGAGCCAAAUGGAUCAGUAGAAACAAAAAAUUUAGAGCAGAUCCUGAAUGGAGGCGAAUCACCUAAACCAAAAGGACAAGAAAUCAAAAGGCCAUCUGGUGAUGUUCUUGAAACAUUCAAUUUCUUAGAAAAUGCUGAUGACAGUGAUGAAGAUGAGGAAAAUGAUAUGAUUGAAGGCAUCCCAGAAGGAAAAGACAAACAUCGGAUGAAUAAACACAAAAUAGGCAAUGAAGGUUUAGCUGCUGACCUCACUGAUGACCCUGAUACUGAAGAAGCUUUGAAAGAAUUUGAUUUUUUAGUGACUGCCGAAGAUGGUGAAGGAGCUGGAGAAGCACGGAGUUCAGGGGAUGGCACAGAAUGGGACAAAGAUGGCCUCUCCUCAGCUGCUGAGGUUUGGGAUGUAGACCAGGGCCUGAUGAGUAAACUGAAGGAACAGUACAGAAGGACGACAGGGGAAGAGAGGGGGAAGACUGAACCAAUAACGUUUCCGUCUGGAGGAGGCAAGUCAUUUCUUAUGGGUUCUGAUGAUGUUUUGUUAAGUGUACUGGGCCUUGGAGACCUUGCAGACUUGACGGUAACAAACGAUGCAGACUAUAGUUAUGAUUUGCCUGCCAAUAAAGAUGCCUUUCGAAAGACAUGGAACCCCAAGUAUACCCUACGUAGCCAUUUUGACGGAGUACGGGCAUUAGCUUUCCACCCUGUAGAUCCUGUGCUGGUUACUGCCUCUGAGGACCAUACUCUGAAACUUUGGAACUUGCAGAAAACGGUUCCUGCCAAAAAGAGUGCCUCUUUAGAUGUAGAACCUAUCUACACAUUUAGAGCCCACAUUGGCCCUGUCCUGUCAUUAGCCCUCAGCUCUAAUGGGGAACAGUGUUUUAGUGGUGGUGUUGAUGCAACCAUUCAGUGGUGGAAUAUGCCGAGCCCGAAUGUGGAUCCAUAUGAUACAUACGAGCCAAAUGUCUUAGGUGGCACUUUAGUUGCUCAUACAGAUGCAGUCUGGGGUCUUGCUUACAGUGGCAUAAAGAAUCAGUUACUGUCUUGUUCAGCAGAUGGCACUGUUAGGUUAUGGAACCCACAGGAAAAACUGCCGUGUAUUUGCACUUACAAUGGAAACAGGGAGCAUGGAAUACCUACGUCAGUUGACUUUAUAGGCUGUGAUCCAGCUCAUAUGGUAACCUCUUUCAACACUGGUAGUACAAUAAUUUAUGAUUUAGAAACAUCACAGUCAUUGGUGGUACUUUCAUCACAACUAGAUUCUGGUUUACAAUCCAGUAAUCAUAUCAACAGAGUAGUAAGUCAUCCCACACUUCCUGUUACAAUAACAGCCCAUGAAGAUAGACAUAUCAAAUUUUUUGACAAUAAAACGGGUAAAGUGAUCCAUUCUAUGGUAGCUCACUUGGAUGCUGUUACAAGUCUAGCAGUCGAUCCUAAUGGAAUCUAUUUGAUGUCUGGAAGUCAUGACUGUUCCAUUAGAUUGUGGAAUUUAGACAGCAAGACAUGUGUUCAAGAAAUAACAGCUCAUAGGAAGAAAUUGGAUGAAUCCAUUUAUGAUGUUGCUUUCCACCCAUCAAAGGCAUAUAUCGCCAGUGCAGGGGCUGAUGCCCUUGCUAAAGUAUUUGUGUGAUACACCAAAAACUUGUAUCAUUAUGAAAGAUUUGCUUGGACAGAAAGAGGGUCUGCAUCACUGCCAUCGAAAGGUUGCUGAUAAGACACUACAUGUGAUUUGCCUGGGUGUGAAGGCUUUUGGGGGCAGACAUAAAUUGGUCGGAAUCACAUCUUAAAUAAUGUCAGGCUCAUUAAUUUAACUAUAAUGACUAUUUUGCGGGACAGAGAAAAAAGACUCCAGUGUUUGCAGCCUGUGCUGGAGAGGACUGAGCAUAUGUCUGUUUCUUAGGUGUCUUUAAGCCAAUUUGGAGUCUGGUCUUUCUUACAAGAAGACUUUUCCUUUGGACUCUGUGUGCUGCCUUAGGGUUAGGAAUGUGGUGCUCUUGUUGGGGGAAGUGAGCUCCAAGAGUAGCUUUUUCUCAUCUCUUAGUGAUCUGUUUAUUGGUUGAAUGCCAGAUUCCCUUUUAAAUUUAUUUUGCUUUAAAAAAAAGACUUUAACUUAAAAUAUUUUAGCAUUAGUUGCACAAAAUGUUUGGAUAAAAUUCUAGUUUUUAUAAGUCUUUUUAUAUAUUUAGCCUGUCACAACAGUGCUUAAGAUUGUAUUGAAGUUUUUCUGCAUUAUACAACCCUAAAACACAGAGAUCUCACUGACCCGCUGUCGUGUAACCACACACUUUCCUUCUUUCACCUAAUACAGCUCAGCUAAGUCCUUCCACAAAGAUGCUAAACCUUCAUUCAUCAUCACAUUAGUGUCUUCAUAAACCAAGGACUAUUCAAGUGUAUUAAAAUGAAACAGUGGGGUGUAGUACUCCAGAUGAACUCUUAAAGAAAAGAAGCAAACUAAUCUUGGCAUCCUAUCACUAUGUGAUAUUUUGUACAUCUUACUGUAUUUACAAGUUUAUUUAUCAAGGAUUAUCCAUCUUGCUAAUGGCCUAUUAUUUAUUUCACUUUUUGUUGGUCCUUAUAUCCUUUUAUUAAUGUGCUAAAGGGCCCUGUAUAUCUACUUUGGGACUCUGAAUAGUCUAAAAUAGACUAAAAAUGGAAUAUUUUAUAGUUUAAGUUGUAAGCCACGGUGGUGACCCCCAGAUAAAUAUCUUGAUUUACCAUGAUUCCAAACAAACUAUCUUGUUUAAAAGUAUUCGGGGUAAAAACUUUAUUUGCAUUACAAAUAUGAUACAAAAAUUGUUGAAUCAAAGACAGAAAUCUGCUGUGUUUGAACUAGUCAUCCCUGUUUUUAUUUUUUCAGAUGUGCUUAAUUUUAUGGUGUAACUAAGGAUUUUGUUUGUGUAAUGCAUGAUUAAGACAAUACAGUAUUUUUUCUAGUCUUCCAAAAACUUUUCUGAUCAGUUUGCGAGUUUUGAUGCGUUUUGUAAGGUUUUUGUUUUACAAACUAUGAAUCAGCAAAUUUUUAAGAUUGUACCACAUAGCAAACCUCCUACAGCUGUUGAAAAAUAAUGUAUAUAAAAUGCAUAUAAUAAAUAAUUAAUUGUGUACCUGUAUGUUACUGUUGGCUAUAUUAUUUUGUGUUAAAUAAUAAAGUGCAAUACUUUACACUCCAUUUCCAAACUAAGAAAUGGAGAUGAUUUCUUAGUCCUUCA